UCAAGGGGGAAAUGUUUGGCAAGUCUCCUACCCACGUGGAAAAAACUGAAGUGGGUUUUACCGCUCGAGGGAGGGAAUCGAUCAACUGCAUGCCGGCAGUUGAUCGUGGACGCGCACUUGGUAGAUCGUAGGUCUGCUCUGAUCCUUGGCAUUUGUAGUGGUUCCCCAGCUUCACACGCGUUCAUCCUUCCGGAACUGCUGCUUGGACUGGCAGCGAAUCCAUCUCCACCGUCUCUGCCUGAACGCCGCGCCAGGAGUGUGAAACAAUGACAUCCCUUGCGCAUCAGCUGAAGCGCCUUGCACUUCCUCAGAAUGAUCCCAGCCUCUUAUCUAGAAGUGAAGCGGCUUCAUUGCUCUUUGAUUGUAAAGAAGCUGCCAAUAUUGACAGAGAGACUUUUUUUGCAAUAGGGUGCACUGGCCUGGAAGAGCUGAUUGGGAUUGAUCCGUCCUUUGAGAUAUUUGAGACAACCCUUUUCAGUCAAAUAUCUAAAGGUUUGGAACGCAGUGUCCAAACUAAAGCAGUAAACCAGCAGCUAGAUCAAAAUAUUUCAUUGUUCCUGAUUCACUUGUCUCCAUAUUUCAUGCUUAAGCCAGCACAGAAGUGCCUUGAGUGGCUGAUUCACAGGUUUCAUAUUCAUUUGUAUAAUCAAGACAGUUUGAUUGGCUGUGUAUUGCCCUACCAUGAGACAAAGUUGUUUGUGCGAGUUAUUCAACUUUUAAAAAUUAGCGACUCAACUCAUAAAUGGCAUUGGUUGCAUCCAAUUCAGAAACCAGGAGUCCCUCUUGCACGAGGAACUUUGAUUACACACUGCCACAAAGAUUUGGGUUUCAUGGAUUUCCUAUGCAACCUAGUGACUAAAUCUGUAAAGGUUGGUGAACUGUUCCAGUGCACUGCCAGUGUGAUAGUCAGUCUCUGUCUCUGUGUGUCUCUCUGUGUGUCUGUGUCUGUCUGUUUGU